GUUGCCUUUGUUCAAUUCAUUACGGAAGCCAUUAUGAACGAUCCAAACGCAUCUACCUGCAGAGUACUGAGAACUGUAUCAUCGACGCUAAAAGUUUACAUAGUACCUGUUAAUCGAUUAAGAGGGUUUUGUAUUUAGCUUUCUAUACGAAGGAAUGCAAGAAAAUGAGUUAUCGCAGAGUGUUGGUAGUAUGAACGAUUCAUGGAAUUAUAACGGGUCCCUAGUGGUGGAUACUAAAACGCUUGCAUCGUUAAAUGUAAGCUCUCCUCUGCAGGCGACGCAUUUAAUGGUCAGCUACAGAGUCCUCAAUAACCAAGUCCUGGUGUCGCAGUUUUUCCCUACUUUGGUAUACGUUUGCAUUUUGUUCAUUUUGGGGGUAAUCGGAAACGCCUUGGUGUGCUACGUCUACAAAAUCAAAUGGAAAAUAAAAAAGAAGCCAUCCACUCUAUUCAUCCUUGUUUUGGCUGGCUACGACCUGGUUAACUGCUUCGUUACCAUGCCAUUCGAGAUGGCGUUGGUAUGCAAUUACAUGUCCUUUGACUUUCCAAUCGCCUGCAAGCUUUCAAAAUUUUUGACUUACGGCUUAAAUGCAGCAUCUACUGUCAUUCUUCUGGGAAUAGCCAUUGACAGAUUAUUGGGUAUUCGAUAUGGAUUUAAGCUAGGAUCUCUGACAAUGAGACAAGCGCGAAUAAUUGUGGGGCUGUCCGUAUUUAUAGGAAUUUUGACAACUUGGCCAACUUUAUUUCUUUAUGGUACUUACGAAGAAGGUGUGUAUAGAACUUGUUACUUUGCAACAAGGUUUAACAACUCUGGCUACAUUACAGCGCAAGUUAUUUUUAGUAUUGUUGCGUCAUUAAUCGGAGACAUUAUAUUCAUUUCCAUAUAUUCAUUGAUAGGAUAUACAAUAUGUCAGCAACGGAAUAAGACAGUCAAAAGUAAUGACGCAAGCAUAGAAACGACGAAGAUCUGCAGUAAAUCAGACACAGACCUCUGUAAUCUCGCCGAUCAAUCCACCUCCAUCGAUUAUUCAAAAGAAAAAGAUAAAAGCACCUUAAGUCUGUUUAGCAAAAGUGAAGGCAAUGGAUACAAUUCCUUUUCCAAGACCGACCUGUUUCUGCAGCAAGAGAGCAAACCUGAAUCACGUGACCGCUCUGGGAGCGAGGCCAUAGGAAGUCUGCUGACAUUGCUGAAGAUUAAUCGUGAUUCUCAAAAGCAUCGCAGUUCUACCUUUAGUAAUAGCGAAGGUAAACGAUUCGGACCCUCAUUCAAAGCCCGGAAGACUACUUUCAUGCUUUUUACCGUCACAAUAGUUUAUAUUCUUACGUUUUUACCUUUUUGUGUACUAAGCAUCAUUGACCUUCAUAGGCCACACCUUCAAAUGAAUGAUGCAUCCAUUGUUGAACUUAAUUUUUACCAUCUUCUUUUUAGAUCUUAUAUGUUAAGUAUGGCUGUUAAUCCAAUUAUAUUUAGUUUUUUAAACAAACAUUUUCGAUCUGAAUGUUUUUCACUGUUAAAAGAUGCUGUACUCUGUAUUAUUUCAUGCUUCCUUAUAAAGAAAGUUUAGUGACGUUUGCUGUAGAAUUAAUUGGUGGUGCAAGAACUAUGUAAAAUUCUGAUCUGUAGGAUCUCUACAGUAAAGAGAUUUAUGAAAGUUAGAAUAUGAAGUUACGAGUAUUUAGUGUUAAGGAGGCUUAGUGGUGAACAGAGUCACCAUCAGAUAUACCUCAAAAUUUGACAUUUUUGGCGAUUAACUAAUAUUAAGUGAAGAAAAAAAUCCAAAGAUUUUAGCUUAAAAUUAGAACAUUGUCCUUUAUCUUUGUAAAAGGCUUUUCAAACUAAGGAGGUAAAUAUAACCUAAGAAUGGCUACAACCAUUCAGCGCUCUUAUUGUUUUCAACAGAUGCCAGAGUAUUGGGAAAGCGUUCUAUAUUCCCAAAGCAUUUUGUUGACAGAGCGCUAGCAAACAUCUACAAUUACCACACAUUGACUGAACGUGUAUAUAUUUGCACAGUCUCUCAAAUCUGAUGUCUAACGAGGAUUCUGGUAACGACUCUCAGAAUAAAAAGAAACGUGUUAAGAGGACAUCUCCUUCUCAUUAGAAAUCGCAUGUGCAAAUCUGCUAUAUCGUAGGCAAGAUUAAUAUAUCUCUGACCAAACCCAUGAUUAAAACUAAUUAAUAAAGAGUGCUAGUUGCCUUGAUUUUAUCGGUUUUGUCGAGUCAGGAAAUAUUUUUUAUGAAAAACCAUAUUCCCUAAGGCUUUUUCGAACAUUAAGUCUACAUAAACUUUAUUAAAGAUCGGUCAGUGUGGACGAACGGAUUUUAUCUGAUAAAAAGAGCAUGUAACAAUCUCUCAUCAAACAGUUAGAAUGUGCGAUAGGUUUCUUAAGCUUGACAAAACGGUUAAGUGACUUUCCAUAUUGUCAUUAUCGAAUAUCAUUACGACGCAAAUAUUGCUGUGAAAAAAUCCCUUGUACACUGCAGUGAAUGAUCUGCAUCAAGAUGUGAAAAUCAAAAGUGCAUUAAUGCAAGAAGGGAUACCACAAAAAGAGAACUUUCCCGGCGAUAGAUGUACAUUGUUAACACGGUAAUGUCAUAUUUCAGAGACUGGCUAGUGAGAAGUCAUUGUUUAAUACACUGCUCACGCAUUAUCACUUGGAUAGGGACUGAACACAUUGAUGAUAUAGUGAAUCUAAUGAUUCUUUGAUUGACUAGGGAGCUUUUCAUCUCGGAUUUUAAGACGACAAAUAGAUCAGUGUUGAAACAAUUUACAUAGAACUAGUAAUGUGGUUUUCAGAGAACACCAAUCCCCCAAUUUUAUUAUGUUUUGUUUCAUGUUAGGCAAUGUCCCGGUUUUUUUUAUAUCAUGAGUUUUUCGUUACCACAACUAUAUUUCAUCUACCUCAGCUAUCAGAUUCCAGUGAUAUCUUUUUGUUGACAUUUCUAUUAUGGAAUUAGGUUUGAUAUAAAAGAUGGUUGAUGCAAUGGAUCGAGAACCCUAUGGGAAUAUUAUCCUUACUUUCAAAACAUGUGGGUUUUAAUUGAGGUAAUAUAUUUACAACAGGCUGUUUUAAUUAGUGUAACAUAAAACGGUUUUUAAAUACAAGUGAUAUAUGCGUAUAUUCCUUCGUGUUCCAAUCCUUAUCACCUAUUAUAAAUACCCACUCUUGGUGUUUUCACGUUGCUCGUUUAAUCCGAUUUUAAUGGAAGUCCUCGCUAUGCUGUAUUUCGGACAUCAAAGUAUCCAACAGCUCAGACUUGAGGCAUUAUUGUGUGAGAUCAUGUACAGAGAUACCUUAUAAGCUUCAAUCACUCCUAUGUAUCAGCCGUCUGGUACCUUUUGAUAAUCAAAGUAGUAUCGAUGUGCUCACGCCACAUUGAAACUGAAGUUCAUCAU